AAAUUUUGUUGGUUCAAUUUCGUUUUUAUAAAAAAUACUCUUUGUAGAUUUCGUAGAUGAUUUAAAAAAACAUAUUCAUAUUUGUAAAGAUGGUGAAAUUAACAGCAGAAAUAAUUCAAAACUCCAUGCAAUACAUAAAUCCAGUAAAAGAUAGAGAACUGGAUUUGAGAGGCUACCGGAUACCUGAAAUUGAAAACCUAGGAGCUACAGGAGAUCAGUUUGAUACAAUUGAUUUUUCAGAAAAUGAUGUCAGAAAAUUAGAUGGAUUUCCUUAUUUACCUCGGAUAAAAUGUUUACUGAUGAAUAAUAAUCGCAUAGUACGUAUCGGAGAACAGUUAGAAGAAUAUAUUCCCAAUUUAGAAACCCUUGUCUUGACUGGAAAUUAUUUAGCUGAGCUCAGUGAUAUUGAUCCGUUAGUUCCUUUAGAAAAACUCAGUACCUUAAGUUUAAUGUAUAAUCCUAUUACCGCAAAACAGCAUUAUAGAUUAUACUUGAUAUAUAAGUUACCCCAGCUAAAAUUGCUUGACUUCCGUAAAAUUAAGAUGAAAGAGAGAGAAGAGGCAGAAAGAUUAUUCAAGAGCAAAAAAGGAAAGGAUAUACAGAAAGAAAUUGUAAAGAGAGCCAAGACAUUUGUACCUGGUGGUAACUCAAAUAGUAUUGCAAAGAGUAGAGGACUGACUGAUGAUGAAAUCAAAAAGAUCAGGGAAGCGAUCAACAAAGCAAAUUCAUUGCAAGAAGUUGAAAGGUUGCAGAAAAUAUUACAAUCAGGACAGAUACCUGGAAAUGAAUUUGUUUCAAAUUCUCGUCAAACCAACGGAACAACAAUGGAUUAUGAUUGAAAAAUAAAAGGUAUCAAUUUCAGAAUAAUUUAUCUUUCAGAUUUGGAUUGUGUCAUUUGUGAUCCUUAAAAAUAAGUUAUGAUUAUAAACGAUAAUAUAUUCUCUUUCACCUGGAAAAUUUUAUAACAUACAACAGUGUUAGCCAUGUCUCAAACUGAAUUUAUUGAAUAGUUUUGGAAUAACAAUAAAACAAUGAAAACUUUGUUUUCAAAACUUCUACAAAAUUUAUUAUAUCUUAUCACUACAGCUGUUUCGGUCAGACUUAGAAAGGCACGCUGCCGAAACAGCUGUAGUAAUGAGAUAUAAUAAAUUUUGUGGAAAGUGUUUUACUGUUAUUUAAAAUGAAUUUCAUAGCUUUUACUUUCGCGAUUGAUGUUUUAAAAUAAUACAUUAUUUUUAGGUCUUAUAAGCUGUGCUUUGGAAUUAUUUCAUCCUGGCGUAUCAUUUGAGAUUGCGGCAAAUGUCGGAGCUAACUGUUAGCAUCAGUCAGGAAAACAGCUCCUAUGAUUGCUGUAUCGCCUUUGAUGAUGUAUGUCACAAUUACUGGCAAAACAUCAGGAAGAAAUAAUUUCACACCACUUUGUAUAAGGCAGCAAACAGUGUAUCUAUACAAUUUAUUAAGUUCUUGAAACAAACAUGCAUAAGUAUUUUUCCAGUUGAUUGAUUUUCUCUUUGGUUUCACAAAUAAAACUUAAAAUAAGAUAAGUUACAUGGUCCAAAUUCAGAAGAUAAAUCACGGAGAUGUUUGGUAAAGUAUUUUUAAAAAAUUAAUGUUAGUUUAACUUCUAAUUCAUUCUCUUAAUUUAAUUGUAUUUUUGUGAUUAGUUGAUAAGAACAUGAUAUAUGACACAAUAAAUUUUU